AGAUGUCUGCGAAUCAAAAUGGCAACACCAGGGUGGAUGAUCUGAACCCACCUCCCAUGAUCUGGGAGAGGCGUGAGCUAUGGGCUCCUCCAAGUCCAACAGCCCUCACCGCCAUGACAACACAAGACGUGACAGAGAUAUCAAAGGAAGAUUUCUCUCAGAUCCGAAUAUUUGGGAUUUCAGGAUACAAUUCUGCAAUCAAAGCUUGACUUUUGACCUUUCUCAAAAUGUCAUUACCUCAAUAAAGGGUGACAUAUUUAAGGGAAUUGAGAGGGCUGUUUGUUUGGACCUCUCCUACAACUAUAUGAGUCAGGCUUUAAAUGGAAAACAGUUCAUACAUUUGGACAACCUUGUGUACCUCAACAUGGCUCACAACAGGAUUGACUUUUAUUAUGAAAAUGCCUUCCAGGAGUUGAAUGCCACAUUGAAGGCACUAGACCUAAGCAACAAUGAGUUUCACUUCCUGAUGAGGGGCAUGGGCCAUCGCUUCGGCUUUAUAAAUAACCUACCCAGUUUAGAAGUGCUAAGUCUGGAUGACAAUGACAUUGGGAUGCGAAUAGAUAAAGCUCUAAACAGCACUUCCCUUAAGUACCUCUACUUUGCCGGGAACCAGCUUAACAUCAUGUGGAAGACAGGAGACAACUACCUUGAGUUUUUCAAAUAUCUCACCAACUUAGUAUAUCUAGACAUCUCCAGGAACCAGCUGAGGUCCCUUUCACAAAAGGUUAUUUGUAAUCUGCCACAAAGUCUCAGAGCACUGAGACUGAGCGAUAACCUUUUGAACUAUUUCCCAUGGGAGAACAUCACAGUACUUAGCCAGUUACAACACUUCAAUAUCAGUAAAAACCGUCUCUCCAGCUUGCCUAAUGUAGUCAUACCUUUUAGAUCGAACUUUACUGUCUUAGAUUUGAGCUACAACUGGAUUAGCAAGCUUCCAGAAAAAUUCUUCCGAAAAAUGGAGGGCUUGCGCUAUCUCUACCUAAACAACAAUCAACUCAAAAUACUUAAACAUCAGAUCUUGCCUGCCCUCAUGGGAAACGGUAGCAGCCUCAAAACACUCACUCUGCAUGGGAAUCCAUUUGUUUGCUCAUGUGACACAGCCUGGUUUUCAGACUUCCUGCGGGCUAGUCCGGUGCACAUCCCUCGCCUCACGACGCACGUGCAAUGCGAGUUCCCAGAGUCCCUGCAAGGGACCAACUUGCUGACUAUGGACCCACGCUCCUGCCCGGAGAUUUUCGGAAGGGUGUCGUUCCUCUCCACCUCCUUCCUAGUUUUGGUACUCACUGCUCUGCCCCUCUUGAAGCACCUCUAUGGCUGGGACCUCUGGUACUGCUUUCAGUUGUUGUGGGCCGGACACAAAGGCUACUCGCAACUACCAGGCAGUGAUUACGACGACCACUAUGAUGCGUUUGUGGUGUUUGACACUGAGAACCAAUCGGUGAGGGACUGGGUCUACAAUGAGUUGACCGUCCACCUAGAGAAUGGAGGUCGCAGGAGGUUCCGUCUCUGCCUGGAAGAAAGGGACUGGCUUCCUGGCUUGUCCUGCAUAGAGAACCUCCAUAAUGCAGUGUACAGCAGCGCAAAGACCGUGUUCGUCCUCACGAGCGGUGGGACUGGGAGUGGUGCAAACGUUAGUGGCAUGAUCCGCCAGGCGUUCUUCAUGGUUCAGCAGAGGCUGCUGGAUGAGAAGGUGGAUGUGGCAGUGCUGGUUCUUCUGGAUGAGGUGUUUCCUAAAAUGAAAUAUCUGCAGCUGAGGAAAAGGCUGUGCAGAAAGUCAGUGCUGUCCUGGCCCAGAAACCCACGAGCCCAGCCCUUAUUCUGGAACAGUAUGAGAGCAGCGCUGUCAUCAGACAACCUGCAAUCCUAUGACGGCAAUAUGAGUGAGAGCUUCAUGUAGUAAACGUAAUGAAUUUAAUUGCAUUUUUUUAAAUCAAAAGGUUGUUUUCUUUCUUUAGAUAAUCAUUUGUUUCCCCAGCUGUGUGAAAUAAAAUA